AUGAAUACUCAGGUGAAGCAAUCGAUGUCUUGGAUCAUGAAGGCGAUACUGCACUUGAGGGACGAGGCUAUGAAUGUUCAGGGAUUAAAUGGUAUUAUGGCACAACCGAGUUUCUGCACGCGUAAAGUGUAUAACCUUCUUCGCGAGUAUGGGCCGGAUGUUGGUUGGAGGAAGGUUAUGAUGGCGAACACUGCGAGGUCUCGAUCGGUGCAACUGUUAUGGGUUGCGUGCCAUGAAAGAAUUCCAACGAAAGCGAGACUGGUUAGGCUUGGUCUACUGGAUAAUUCUGCGUGUGUGUUUUGUAGUGAAGUGGAAACCAUGGAACAUCUCCUUUUUUCCUGUCAUGCUACAAGAACAGUCUGGGAACAUAUUUUAAAGUGGCUGGUUGUAGAUCAUAGGUCUGAUUCCUGGAAUAGUGAAAUUGCGUGGAUGAACCGGCAAUGUAAGAAGAAGGGCAAUAAGAGUAGGAUUCUCCUUUGUGCUUUCACAGAGACGAUUUAUGAAUGUUGGUGGUAUAGAAACCAAGCUUGUUUUGGGGAGAAACCGAGUGAAAUGACUGUGGUCUCUAGGAUUAUAGAUGCUACGGUGUACCGGUGUUGGGCUAAACCGAAGUUGCGUACUACGUUGAGUAGAAUUCUUAUGCCUUAG